AUGAUAGAUUCUAAAAAAAGGAAUAAGAGUAGACAAAAAAAAAAUGAUGAAAUAGAAAAUGUGGAUAAUCCACAUAAGGAGGAAAUUACUAAGAGAACUAAGAAAGAAGAUAAAUCAACACAAUAUGAUAUUAGUUUUAAUCAAAAUAUGGAUAUAUUUAUAAAUGAAGGAUAUUAUGUGCAAAGUUGUAUUAUUAAAGAAUUAGAAAGUCAUUUUAAUGAUAAUGAAGGGAUAACCAAUGUAUAUUAUAUAUAUGAAGAAUUAAAAAUAAAUGAAAACAUUAGUACUAAGGUAUAUUUCUAUACAUGGUUUUAUUAUUUUGAAAAUAUGAUAUUAAAGCUAGACAAUUUUUUAGAUAUGAUAUUAAAUUAUUCUUAUUACUUAUUGAACGAUUCAUGUAAUAAAGAACGCAUCUUCUUUUUAAUUGAGACACCCCUUAAAUUAAAUAUACAUAAAUGUAUUGACAGCACAGGGCAUAUCACUAUAAAUUUUAAUCAUAAAAUGUUUAAAAAUAUUGAAAAACUAAUUUCAGAACAAGAGAUAAAUAAUACAAAUAAAAAAAAAACAAAAAAAAAUAAAAAGGAUUAUGAUAAUACUAUAGAUGAAAAUUGUGAAUCAAAUAGGAAUAAUCAAAAUAUUAAGUCACCUAACAAAUCAAUUGAUAUGGAAGAUGAUAUUGAAGAUGAUAUUGAAGAUUAUAUUGAACAUAAUAUUGAACAUAAUAUUGAACAUAAUAUUGAACAUAAUAUGGAACAUAAUAUGGAACAUAAUAUUGAACAUAAUAUGGAACAUAAUAUGGAACAUAAUAUGGAACAUACUAUUGAAGAUGAUAUUACAAAUGAUAUACAGAAUGAAAAAGAAGAUUAUAUAAUUAAUUUUUUAAAACAACAAAAAAUAAAAAGUAUCCUAUAUAUUAAUGAUAUUUUCGAACCUGAACAUUUAUCUAUUUUAUUUCUACUUCAUACAGGAAUAAAAGAUGAAACCAUAAAUUGCAUAGAAAAAACAUAUACAGAUGGAGUAUUUAAUGAUCAAUAUUUAAAUAAAUCUGAUUACAAUGAAUUUGGAAUAUUAAAAGGGUAUGAUAUUAUAUUAUUAAGAUAUUCAUAUGAAGUUAUAUAUUUUUAUAAAGAAAAAAAUACAUCCUUAUUCUCUGAUUAUACUAUACAGAAUAAAGAUGACGAACAAAAUGAACGGAAAAUGUGUUACCCUCUAAAUCAUAACAAUAAUGAAAUUGGGAAUUUAAAUAAUGAAAAUGAAAUAAAUAAUUUUCAUAAUAAUAAUAAUUUUUAUUAUGAACACAUAUUAAAUGAUCAAAAUAAAUAUCCUAUUAUGCUUACGUGGAAACCUCAUUUAAGAUAUGUAAAUAAUUCUACACGAAUUGUACUUUUAGAUGCACUAAAUAUAUCUUCCGGUAUGGAUGGAUAUAUUGAUGAUAAAAAUUUUAAUUUUGAUGUUCUAAUAAAUGAUGAAUAUUCUUAUUUAGUUCAAUAUAAGACAAAAAUGUCUAUCUGUAGAUUAAUAUAUGCAGUCACUUCAUUGUUUCAAAAAAAACUAAAGCCAAUGGUAUAUGUUCCCUACUGGUGGUACAAUGAAAUAGCAUUUUGUGAAGAUAACUUGGAUGAACCAGCAAAUUUUCAGUUAUAUGUUCUAAAUGAAUUAAAGAAAGAUGGCCUCUUAAAAAUAGGUUAUAGGAAAAUUAAUUCGGCAAUAUUUACCAUGAAUCAUAAAGAUAUAGACUAUAUUAUAAAAUUAGCCAUGAAACAUGACGCUAUUCUUUGUACUAAUAAUAAUGACAUAAUUGAAUAUUAUUUAGAAAUGAAUGCAAAUGCCAAAGUCUCCAAAUUUAUUUCUAAAGGAACCUUUUUUGUAUUAACCAAUUACCUAUAA